AGUACCUUACUCUCUUAUCUUGAAAGCUUCCAUAAUCAGUCACAACUUAGUUUCCAAAAUCUAGCACUAACAUCAUUGAUCUUGUGGUCUACGAGCUUGUCAACAUGUUCCUUGUGUUGUUUUCGAAGGCAACUGGCCAUGACUGAGAGUGAGGGUCUUCGUGGAUCACAGGAUCUUCGUCAAAGCAAAAACUACGAUAAUCAGCACCGCACCUAAUCGACUCCAACAUAUGGCUGCUUUUCAGGACACUCUUGCUGUGCUCCAAGCGAAGUGUACGUAAGAAUUUUCACUCCUUUUAAAGUUCUUUCGCUCCAACUGACUAUCUCCUGCGUUUUCUCUCUCAAACUCGUCUUCUUUGCUCGUCAUGAUCCUCGCAAUCCAGCUGCUGGUUCUGCUCCUCUCGCAUGCUGUGCAAGCAACGCAGCAGCAGCAGCAGCAUGUCUUCUCCUCCAAUUCACGACCUCCGGAAGUCUGCCUCAACUUAACGCCAUCUCCAACUCUGGAAAAGUUCGUCGAUCGCCUGCCGAGACUGCCCACCAUAUCCUUGGUCCGGUAUCCCCGCCUCACUAUGGGAGCUUACAAGAUCUACCAGAAACUCCACAGGGACUUACCUGCGACUCCCUUGUACGCGUUUGGAACGAGCCAGAGCACGGCAUCCUAUCCCGGUCCAACGCUCGUAGCUCGCCAAGGCGUCACCGCGACUGUCCGCUGGGAGAACCACAUCCGCGACUACGAACACAUGCUUCCAGUGGACAGAACGCUGCACUGGGCCAAUCCCCGCCACGGCUUCGUCCCGGUCGUCGUCCACAACCACGGCCAAGAGACCGAAGGAUGGUCGGACGGUCACCCCGAGGCCUGGUUCACCGUCGCCGGCGAGCACGGUGACACCUACGUGACGCAGGACUACGUCUACCCGAACGACCAGCGUCCAACCAUGCUGUGGUACCACGAUCACACCUUGGGCAUCACCAGGCUCAACGUCGCCGCUGGUCUGGCCGGAGCUUACGUGAUCGAGCCUUCAUCAGAGAUGGCGGAGCCGUCGUGGGUGCCGAGAGACUACCGCGUCCUAGUCGUCCAGGACAAGGCCUUCUACGACGAUGGCUCCAUCAAGUAUCCCACCGUGGGCUUGGACCCGGACGUCCAUCCGCAGUGGUGCGUCGAGUACCUCGGAGACGUUGUCCUCGUCAAUGGUGUCGUCUGGCCGUUCAUGGAGGUUGAGCCAGCCAUCUAUCGCUUCCGGCUCGUGAACGCUGCGAACGCGCGGACCUUUGUCUUGGAGACACGGGGCCAGCGCAUGAGCUUCAUCAAGAUUGGAACCGAUGGUGCAAUGCUGCACCAGCCGGUCCAGCAGCAGCAAAUGCGAGUCGGCCCCGCGGAGCGAGUGGACUGGCUCUUCGACUUUAGCAGCUUCGAGCCGGGCGACGAGAUCGAGCUCUGGAACGUCGGUCAGGCACCGUUUCCAAUCGGACCCCCGGCCAACCAGUCCGUCAUGCUCUUCCGCGUCGUCUCACGAGCCCCGGACCGGGGGUCCUCCGGCUCUCAUCUCAUCCCAACGCCGCUGGAUCCAUCGCGCUUCCGCUACAUGGCUCCGGUGGAUCUCAUCGGAGCCACCACCGGCGUCAACCUCUCCUUCGUGCCGUGGGCCGCCAUCUACAGCCGGGGCCUGGAGCAGCGCAUGACCGAUCUGGCCUUGUCCCAGGACGACCACCUCCUCUUCGACGAUCAGGUCCGCGAGAUCAUCCGGCUCUACUCCACCGAGGUCUGGUCCUUCAUCAACUUCGUCCCGGUGGCUCACUUCAUGCAUCUCCACCUCGUCAACUUCUUCGUCCUGGAGCAGCAGCCGUUUGAUCCCGACCGUGUGGCGAACGGGUCCUGUACCUUCGGCUCGCCGUUCGGACGUCCGGAGAGCUGCUACACGGCCUACCCAACGGGGCCGGACGCGGACCAAGUGGGAUUCAAGGACACCACCGUGUCGCUGCCGUUUUACGUCACCCGGAUCUUUGUCAAGUUUGCUCCCAACCUUUUGCCGCAGUACCGGAUCGAUCCCACUGCUUAUCCCGGCUACACUCACCACUGCCACCUUCUGGAGCACGAAGACAACGAGAUGAUGCGACCGAUGCUCAUGUCCCGCACCACUACACUCUAUUCGAACGAGUCGUUCCCUCUGGACCAGGACGUCUUCUUCCUCACCAUCACCAACUGGACCGUCUUCUACUAAAGUUGUCGCGGAGGAAC